AUGAAAUUCUUUACGGUAUUAUUCUUUAUCGCUUUCGCCGUGGUCCUUGUUAAUGGCCAACGAGGUGGACCUGGCGGACGUGGUGGUCCACAACUAGGCGGUGGUCCUGGCGGUCCUGGCGGUCCUGUUGGUCUUGGUGGGCCUGGUGGUCCAGGUGGUCCUGGCGGUCCAGGUGGUCUUGGCGGCCCUGGUGGUCCAGGUGGUCCUGGUGGUCUUGACGGCCCGGGUGGUCCUGGCGGUCCUGGCGGUCCAGGUGGUCCUGGUGGUCUUGACGGCCCGGGUGGUCCUGGCGGUCCUGGCGGUUGUGGCCCACUUAAUUCCACUACUGUUGCACCUGCUGCCAACUCAACUGUUACACCCUCAGUUGUUGCCAGCUCAACUGUUGCAGCGAAUUCAACAACUACUACGACCACAGAGGCUGCAUAA